AAUAGUCUUUUUCGCUGAGCUCCAGCACCAGGCGGUCUCUGAUACCUUAAACGGAUUGAUACUGAUAUUGAUAUUGAUCGAUAGUGUGACUUUUCCUUCGAGACAUACACAGGAUGACCGCCUCGAAUGGCGACAUCGUCAAGGACGAUGACAAAUCGCGUUUGCAGUACAAAACGAACAUCGUCCUGGGCUCAUCUGCAUUCGAAGACCAGGACAAAGACUCAAAAAACUUCGCACCCAACAAGACGAAAAAGAAUUCCAAGCAUGACGAGGCGGAAGAGGAGGAGAAGGACGAUGGCUCGUACAAGGAGGAGGUCAAGCAGGUGGGCUACUUCCAGAUGUUCCGCUAUGCCACCACCAAGGAUCGCACGCUCUAUAUCAUCGGACUCCUGUCUGCCGUGGCCACAGGCCUCACGACUCCAGCCAACAGCUUGGUCUUCGGCAACCUGGCCAACAACAUGAUCAAUUUCGGCGGCACAACUGAGGGUAGGACGUACCAGCGAGACGGCGACGACCAGGGGGACUUGCUGCUGGACAAGGUGCGCGAGUUCUCGCUGCAGAACACGUACAUUGGAAUUGUGAUGCUGGUGUGCUCCUACCUCUCCAUCACCUGCUUCAACUACGCCGCCCACUCCCAGAUUCAGACCAUCCGAUCCAAGUUCUUCCGCUCCAUCCUGCACCAGGACAUGAGCUGGUAUGACUUCAACCAGAGCGGCGAGGUGGCCAGUCGCAUGAACGAGGAUCUGUCCAAAAUGGAGGAUGGUCUCGCCGAAAAGGUCGUCAUGUUCAUCCACUAUUUUGUGUCCUUUGUGGGAUCCCUGGUGCUGGCUUUCGUCAAGGGCUGGCAGCUGUCGCUGGUGUGCCUCACGAGCCUGCCGCUGACUUUUGUCGCGAUGGGACUGGUGGCGGUGCUUACCGCCAGGCUGGCCAAGCAAGAGGUGACCCAGUACGCUGGAGCAGCAGUCGUGGCCGAAGGAGCCCUGUCCGGCAUCCGCACGGUGAAGGCGUUCGAGGGAGAGGAUAAGGAGGUGUCCGCCUACAAGGAGCGGGUUGUGGCCGCCAAGCUGCUGAACAUCAAACGCAACAUGUUUUCCGGCAUCGGUUUCGGCAUGCUCUGGUUCUUCAUCUACGCCUCGUAUGCCCUGGCCUUCUGGUACGGCGUGGGGCUGGUGAUCAAAGGAUACCACGAUCCUUACUACGCCAGCUACGACGCCGGCACUAUGAUCACUGUCUUCUUCUCGGUGAUGAUGGGCUCGAUGAACAUUGGCAUGGCUGCGCCCUACAUCGAGGCAUUCGGCAUUGCCAAAGGCGCCUGCGCCAAGGUAUUCCACAUCAUCGAGCAGAUCCCCACCAUUAAUCCCAUCGGCCACCAGGGCAAGAGCCUCGACGAGCCCCUCAAUACCAUCGAGUUCCGGGACGUCGAGUUCCAGUAUCCGACGCGCGGCGAGAUUCCCAUUUUGAAUCGUCUCAACCUCAAGAUCCAUCGCGGCCAGACGGUGGCCCUGGUCGGACCCUCCGGCUGCGGCAAGUCCACCUGCAUCCAGCUGCUGCAGCGCUUCUACGACCCCUCCGGCGGCGAUCUCUUCUUCAACGGCACCAGCCUGCGGGACAUCGACAUCAACUGGCUGCGCUCCCGCAUCGGAGUCGUCGGCCAGGAGCCCGUGCUCUUCGCCACAUCCAUCUACGAGAACAUCCGCUACGGACGGGAGGACGCCACCCGUGCUGACAUCGAGGCGGCAGCCGAAGCCGCCAAUGCGGCCGUGUUCAUCAAGAAGCUGCCACGCGGCUAUGAGACGCUGGUGGGCGAGCGCGGAGCCCAGUUGUCCGGCGGUCAGAAGCAGCGCAUUGCCAUUGCACGGGCAUUGAUUCGCGACCCGGAGAUUCUGCUGUUGGACGAGGCUACCUCGGCUCUGGACACCGCCAGCGAGGCGAAGGUGCAGGCUGCCCUGGAGAAGGUCAGUGCCGGACGCACGACCAUCAUUGUGGCCCAUAGGCUGUCGACGGUGCGGCGGGCGGACAGGAUUGUGGUGAUCAGCAAGGGCGAGGUGGUGGAGAGCGGCACGCACCAGGAGCUGAUGAUGCUGAAGAGCCACUACUUCAAUCUGGUUACCACACAGCUGGGCGAGGAUGAUGGUAGCGUGCUCAGCCCCAGCGGGGACAUUUACAAGAACUUCGACAUCAAGGACGAGGACGAGGAGGAGAUCAAGGUGCUGGAGGAGGAGGACGAGGAGGAGCCAAAGGCCGUCACAAAGGACAAGAAGAAGAAGAAGGUCAAGGACCCCAACGAGGUCAAGCCCAUGGUGGAGGUGAUGAAGAUGAGCAAACCGGAGUGGGCGCAAGUCACCGUUGGGUGCAUCUCCUCCGUGAUCAUGGGCUGUGCCAUGCCCAUCUUCGCGGUGCUCUUCGGCAGCAUCAUGCAGGUGCUGUCCGUCAAGGACAACGACGAGUACGUCCGCGAGAACAGCAACCAGUACAGUCUCUACUUCCUGAUCGCUGGCAUAGUCGUGGGCAUCGCUACCUUCCUGCAGAUCUACUUCUUUGGCGUCGCGGGAGAGCGGCUCACGGAGCGCCUGCGCGGUCUGAUGUUCGAGAGAAUGCUGAAGCAGGAGGUGGCCUGGUUCGAUGACAAGGCCAACGGCACGGGAAGCCUCUGUGCCCGCCUCUCCGGUGAUGCAGCCGCUGUCCAAGGCGCAACUGGCCAGAGGAUCGGCACGAUCAUUCAGUCGAUUUCCACACUGGCCCUCGGCAUCGGUCUGUCCAUGUACUACGAGUGGAGCCUGGGUCUGGUCGCUCUCGCCUUCACGCCCUUCAUCCUCAUCUCCUUUUACAUGCAGCGCAUGCUCAUGAGCGAGGAGAAUAUGGGCACAGCCAAGACCAUGGAGAACUGCACCAAGCUGGCCGUCGAGGUUGUCUCCAACAUUCGCACCGUUGCCUCCCUGGGCCGCGAGGAGAUGUUCCACCAGACAUACGUCGGCAUGCUCAUCCCGUCCGUCAAGAUAGCCAAGAGAAACACCCACUUCCGUGGCCUGGUCUAUGGCCUUGCCCGCUCCCUGAUGUUCUUCGCAUAUGCCGCCUGCAUGUACUACGGCACCUGGUGCGUGAUUAAUCGGGGCAUCCAGUUCGGCGAUGUCUUCAAAGUAUCCCAGGCCUUGAUCAUGGGCACAGCCUCGAUAGCCAACGCCCUGGCCUUUGCCCCCAACAUGCAGAAGGGCAUCACUGCCGCGAAGACAAUCUUCACGUUCCUGCAGCGCCAGCCAACGAUUGUGGACCGGCCGGGAGUGUCGCGCGAACCGUGGCACUGCCAGGGCAAAGUCACUUACGACAAGGUUGAGUUUAGCUAUCCCACGCGCAGGGAGAUCCAGGUGCUCAAGGGUCUGGAUCUGGGCGUGAAGAAGGGCCAGAAGGUGGCUCUGGUCGGUCCCUCCGGCUGCGGCAAAUCCACCUGCAUCCAGCUGAUCCAGCGCUUCUACGACGUGGACGAGGGCGCCGCGCUCAUCGAUGAGCACGAUGUCCGAGAUGUCUCGAUGUCGAAUCUGCGCCAGCAACUCGGCAUCGUGUCUCAGGAGCCGAUCCUCUUUGACCGCACCAUUCGGGAGAACAUUGCGUACGGCGACAACGCGAGGUCUGUCACCGACCAGGAGAUCAUAUCGGCGUGCAAGAAGUCCAAUAUUCACGAGUUCAUCGCGAGUCUGCCGCUGGGUUACGACACGCGAAUGGGUGAGAAGGGAGCCCAGCUGUCUGGGGGUCAGAAGCAGCGCAUUGCCAUUGCGCGCGCCCUCAUCCGGAAUCCCAAGAUCAUGCUGCUCGACGAGGCCACCUCGGCCCUGGAUGCCGAGAGCGAAAAGGUUGUCCAAGAUGCGCUGGAUGCCGCAUCCGAGGGGCGCACCACAAUCAGCAUAGCCCACAGACUGUCCACCGUUGUCCAUUCGGAUGUGAUCUUUGUGUUUGAGAACGGUGUCGUCUGCGAGACGGGCUCCCACAAAGAUCUGCUGGAGAAUCGCGGCCUCUACUACACGCUCUACAAGCUGCAGAGCGGAGCCAUGUAGACAGACACUACACUGCCAUCCGCCAUAGCAUAGGACACCUAUACCAUAGCAUGUAUAUCUAGAUUUAGACAGUUAAAUAGCUUAAGGAAUUGCGAUCAAAGUCAAGUAGUAUUCGAUUGUACAAAGAAGUUCAUAGACCUAAGAUUAUUUAUGUCAUUCUCUAAGAGUUCCCGGAAUUUAUGUAUGAAUUUGAUUCUUAAUUAAACCUAAAACGAAAUUUAAA